CUCCAUGGACAAAGCUGAAGGAAAGGUCAAGUACCGCGGCGUACGGAAGCGUCCGUGGGGGAAGUUCGCGGCUGAGAUACGCGACUCCAAUCGGCAAGGGGCACGCGUCUGGCUCGGGACAUAUAACACGGCAGAAGAGGCUGCUAGGGCGUAUGAUAGAGCCGCCUAUGACAUGAGAGGUCACUACGCUGUCCUCAAUUUCCCUGAUGAGUACCCUUCGGGGGUUCACGCAGCUGGCUCUUCAUCUUCUGCCGCUGCUUCUUCUUCUUCUUCGUCGUCUUCUGCUUCUGCUGCUUCUUCAUCGUCAGUGCGUGGUGGAAAUGUGAAGGAAGUCUUUGAGUUUGAGUACUUAGAUGAUAAGCUUUUGGAUGAAUUGCUUGGGGAGGAAUAUAAAAAAAAGUAAACUAACCUUGACACUAAUGCUGCCAUGUUCCAUGGAGGAUAUCAUAUGCACCUGUUUAUCAUUUUCAUGAUCAAUCAUGGUUUGCUGCUUUAAUUUGUUAUUUAUAAUCACAGAAAUUGAAGGAAAUUAAUAUUGUUUUUUCUUGUUAU